AUGGCAUCACAGCCAGAUUCGGCGGCGACUCUUGAGGAACGGCCCGGUCUUUUUCUCACCUCCUCAACGGUAAAGCAACACCACUUCUGGGAACUCCUCUAUCGUUACUCAUCACUCAUACGGCUUCUUCGGAUCACUGCUCUCUGUCAACGGUGUUGCGCGAUCCUCAAAGGUAUACCACAGUCCUCUCUGGCCACCCCCCUCACACCUGCAGACCUCGAAAGUUCACGACUAUAUUGGAUUCGGUCAGUCCAAUUGGCCUACUUCUCAUCUGAACUGACAAUAAUCUCAAGCGGAGCAUACUUGUCAAGGUCUCAUCCUCUCGCCAAGUUUACGGCCUUCAUCGAUCAUUCGGACAUCCUCAGAGUCGGAGGCCGACUCAGGCAGUCUCAAUUGGACCCUGAAUGCAAGCACCCAGCCAUCUUGCCACGGGAUUCAUAUCUGUCUCAACUCAUUAUAUCGGACGCUCAUCUAAGGACUCUUCACGGCGGAACUCAGGUAACCUUGACAUAUCUUCGCCAGGCUUACUGGAUCGUUGGUGGCCGAGCCUCAGUGAGAUCUUACAUUCUCCGCUGCGUUCGGUGUGUUCGACAACGUGGCGUAAGGGCACAGCAACUCAUGGGUCAACUGCCAUCAUCUCGCAUUUCGCCAUCUCGUCCUUUCCUCAACACACGGGUUGAUUACGCCGGCCCUAUCACUCUCAAAACUUGGCGAGGACGAGGGGCUAAGUGUCACAAAGGCUGGUUAGCCAUCUUUGUUUGCUUCUCAACGUCGGCGGUUCAUCUGGAGGCAGUGACAGACUACUCUACAGAGGGGUUCAUCGCAGCAUAUCGGCGGUUAACGGGACGGCGAGGUAUCUGCCAAACUCUAUUUAGCGACUGUGGAACCAAUUUUCUCGGGGCAGAUACAUCUCUUAGGCGGUUAUUCAACGCCGGAUCAAAGGAAUUCUCGGAACUCGCUCAGCUACUAACCCAUGACGGCACCACUUGGGUCUUUAAUCUCCCGGCAGCCCCCCACUUCGGCGGUAAAUGGGAGGCCGCAGUCAAAUCGGUCAAGCAUCACCUACGACGGACUAUAGGCGAGACUGCCCUAACCUAUGAAGAACUUACAACUCUUCUGGUCCAAAUCGAGGCAGUCCUCAACUCUAGACCAUUGUGCCCACUGUCAGAUGACCCGGAAGACCUGGCAGCCCUCACUCCCGGGCAUUUCAUCAUCGGAGCAGCGCCAACAACAAUUCCUGAGCCAUCUCUCACCUCAGUGCCUCUCACAAGGUUAUCUCGGUGGCAGCUCAUUCAGCAGCAACUCCAACACUUCUGGUCGCGUUGGUCAGCUGAAUGUCUUCAACGUCAGCUUGCAAUAUCAAAAUGGCAUCAUCCCUCCACGCAAAUCAAGGUCGGCUCUCUCGUACUUCUUACGGAUGAGAGAUUCCCUCCAUCAAAAUGGCCUCUUGCUCGGGUCACCCAACUUCAUCUUGGUUCGGACGGUCUAUGCAGAGUGGUCACCCUUAAGACGGCCACCACAGAACUCAAGCGGCCUAUCACCAAGUUAGCAGUGCUUCCGAUGACACCAGAUCAACCCUCACUCACACAGCAAUCAACUACUGAUCCGGCCUCACCAUCAUCAAGAUCAUAA